CAAGAGGACGCGAAUGAAAGGCCAGUCCUCUGUCUUCACUCCUCCAAGCAGCAGCCUCACUGAUAGACAGUGCUACCAGCCUGCAAGAAGAGCGCUGUCAAGAGAAUUUCUUCACAUGGAAUACAUUUAAUCAGUGCUGCCCAGCCGAUGCUGCAUCUUGUUUUCAUAUCUCCCAUUGUCCCAGUGCAAACAACAUCCAGAUAGUGUCGCCUUUUUAGUGAGCGCCCUUCCAACAACAGUCAUUGAUAACAGCACUGCACUCAAGUGAAUUGGUUACUACUAGAUGUCAAAGGAGCCAAAUACAAGACCACACUGAAGAAAAGGCUUUGAGGACUAUUUUUCCCUUGUCAACCUUUUAAGUUUUUCUUCCUUAGUUAUUUUGUUUGAUCAAGUGGAAUCAUGGGGGCCACAGGUUACGGCUACUACCGCUCGGUCAUCUUCCUCUGCAUGUUCAUCGGUUACUCGCUGUACUUCUUCAACAGGAAGACCUUCUCCUUCGUCAUGCCCGCUGUGAUGGAGGAGAUUGAACUGGAUAAAGAUGACUUGGGUCUGAUCACUAGCAGCCAGACUAUGGCCUAUGCCAUCAGUAAGUUCAUCAGUGGCGUUCUAUCAGAUCAGAUCAGCGCCCGCUGGCUUUUCUCCAUCGGCCUCUUCUUGGUGGGGGGCAUCAACGUAGCCUUCUCCUGGUCCUCCACUGUACCCAUGUUCUCGCUGCUCUGGUUCAUCAAUGGCCUGGGACAAGGCUGUGGCUGGCCCCCGUGUGGAAAGGUGCUGCGCAAGUGGUUUGAACCCUCCCAGUUUGGAACAUGGUGGUCUGUGCUGUCCUGCAGUAUGAACCUGGCUGGGAGUCUGGGUCCGAUCCUGGCCACGGUGCUCCUGCACUACUACGACUGGAGGACUAUCCUGACCAUGUCGGGCAUCUUCUGCGCAAGCUUCUCAUUCGUUUGUGUGCUGUUUAUAAAGAAUGAGCCCAAGGACGUGGGCCUGCCCAGCAUCCAGGCAGCAAAGAAGGGGGCUAAGGGAGGCAGUAGUGAGAGCACCCUGAGUGAGUUCCUCCUCUCCCCUUUCCUGUGGGUGCUGUCUCUGGGCUACUUGGUGGUGUUUGGGGUGAAGACGGCCGCCACUGACUGGGGACAGCUGUUCCUCAUGCAGGAGAAAGGCCAGACCGCUCUUAUGGGCAGUACCUACAUGAGUGCCUUGGAGGUGGGUGGUUUCGCAGGCAGCCUUGCUGCAGGCUUCCUCUCUGACAGAGCUGUAGCUCGGAAAGGCUUGGGCACCCACGGCAACCCUCGCCAUGGCCUGCUCAUCGCCAUGAUGGCUGGUAUGUGUGUGUCCAUGUACCUGUUCAGAGUCACCAUCACACCUGAAAUCCCAAAGGAGGCUCCUCUUUGGGUUCAAGUCAUCCAUCCUGUCUCUGUCCUCCUUGGCGUAUCAGAAAAAGAGAUCUGGAUCCUCUUCCUUGGUGCUAUGUUUGGAUUUUCUUCUUACGGACCAAUCGCCUUGUUCGGGGUGAUAGCCAGCGAAUGUGCUCCUUCAAAUUUUUGCGGAACCUCUCACGCUGUUGUAGCUUUAAUGGCUAACGUGGGGGCUUUUAUGGCAGGGCUUCCCUUCAGCACUAUUGCCAAGCAACACAGCUGGGACACGGCAUUCUGGGUAGCCGAGGUGAUCAUGGCCGUCGCCACCGUCAUGUUCUUCCUCGUACGCAACAUGCGCACCAGAAUGGGACGGGUUGUAGAGAAAAUGGACUGAUGUAUCUUCCUGAAAUGAGCCAACUGUUGAUGUCCUGUCAUGUGACCUGAUAUGACUGGGUUCUUGCAGUAUUGAAGGUUGUAUGCAGUACGGUAUUAUAACUCCAGAUUGACCAAACAAAACCACUGUCGAACACGGACUAAUUGGGUUAGUUUAGUCACUCAGGGUGGGUGUAGGUCAUUAAAUCACUUCAAUUUCUCAAUGAGGCAUUUUUUUAUCACCCAUACUUAACAUUUUCCGUCCUAUUCAACAGCACAAAGACAGUAGUUCAUUUUAGUUUGUCACCAGCUCACAUUUAAGUGCUUCCACUGAUUCAUAACAGCAGUUUUCAUGUAAGUAUGUUUCAUAUAGCUUUAUCUCAGCUCUAUGCUGAAGAGACUGUGGACAUGAGAAAGAAGAUGUGUGCUGCUCACUGCAUACGUUGCCUUCAGUGGAGGUCAGUUAUAUUUAUUUAUUGAAUGUGAACUGAUAAGGUCUGUACUUUCUAGACUGUUAUUUGUCUAGAUGUUUGCACAGAUGUGGUAGCAUGCAUCAUGGUCAUGGUUCAUUUUACUACACCUCAAGUAUUUGUAAAAAAUAUAAUAGGUCACCUAAAUGAAGCAAUCCUAGAUCAUGUUAUUUUUAUACACGGUUCUGUGCUACAGUCUUACGUUGUGUCAGCUUUUGAGAUCUGACAUGUUUUUAAAAGAUUUAAAUCAAAUCUUUGCUAUGUGACAACUGUUUAAUCACUGAUAUUAUAGUUGAAUACAACUAAGAGCUAAGACUCUGGAUAAUCUGCUGUUAACUCAUGUAUAAAAUCUGUGAGUUUUAAUGGGUCUACACUCAGUGCACAUCUAAAUCUUACUGGAAUUGUACAAUGAACUUGAAACAGUUGAGGAGAGAUCUAAUAAAUGUGAAGUUUA